UCCUCCCUCUCUCUCUCUCUCUCAAGAAAAGGCACAUUCAUGAGUAGCACCAAAUGAGAUGUCAGCUCAAAGCAGGAGAUUGCUGAAGCAGCUUCGAUCCCCUCCUCCUUCACCAGAAUCUUCACCAUACGCAUAUCCUCCUCCUUGCUCGUACGCUUGUGACACAGCUAAAUCGCUGGGGAUAGGCCUUCUUGCUGCGGGGUUGGCUAUGGUGCUCUACCUCCUCAUCCGCUUAAUCUCUAACUGCCUCAGUAGAUGCGACCAGCCGCGGGCGACGGGUGGUGGCGCUGCGCCGAGCCCCAAGGCCCGCGACCUUAGCUUCAUCCCCACCAAGGUGGUCUGCGGCGGCCGCGAGCCGGCUUCAAGACAAGAUUGCGCCAUCUGUUUGGCGAGGUUCUCCGACGGGGAGACGAUCAGGGUGCUGCCCAGAUGCAAGCAUGCUUUCCACAGGGAGUGCCUCGAUCCAUGGCUGCACUCAAUGUGCACAGCUUCCUCGCUCUGCCCCGUCUGCAGGGAUCCCGUGACAGAGCUGUGGGAUAAUCGACAAGCCAACGUGGAGAGGCCAAGAGACGGCGGUCAGUCAGCCAUGGCCACUACCUCUAUCUUGGCACAAAACAUCCAAUCAUGGGGAGUCAGCUCACGGCAGAUGGAUACAUUUUAAAGCCUGCAAUCUCAGUUGAAGCUGCACGCUCAAGUUUUUUAUCAGGCUGAGCUCUUCUAUCUUGGCAGCAACUGCGGAUGAAGAUCAGAAUGUACCCCCAUCAGUUCUUAUAUUCUACUGUUCUCUGGAAUGACCUCAUGAGAUGUGCUUGUUUUCAUGCUCAUUUUUGUCCUAUAGAUUCAUAGUUAGUAUACAAACUUGUGGGAGUUCAGCUAGGUACUGUAUGAGAAGCAGAACCAGCAACAGCAGAAAAUCAAAACUGAGUAUCUCGCAGAUGUCCGACAAAUUUUGUUGUAUAUAUAUUGCUGAAAGGCAGAUAUAUGAUUGUGUUCUGUAUUCUACAGUUUGCCUUUCCAAGAUAGGAUGGCUCUGGGGGGAGAAGACCUUACUAUGCUGGAUUGACCUGUCGUCAUGGUCAGAUUCCUGACAACAUUAAUUGUUAAGCUUAUGAGAUGAAGGGGCUUUGAAUGACAACUGACAUUAUUAGAAAUCUGAAAAGCACAGCAGUUCUCUACUCUGCGAGAGGCCACAGCGAGGUCCGAACUCAUGCUU